CUGCUGCUGGGCGCGCUGGCCCUGAGCCGCUGCCAGGACAGCCAUGACCUUCCUCCAGUAUCUGGUGCAUCAAACUGUGUCUGUCUGAAUGGAGGUACCUGUGUGUCCUACAAGUACUUCUCCCACAUUCAGCGAUGCAACUGCCCAAAGAAAUUCAGUGGAGAACACUGUGAAAUAGAUAAAUCGGCAACCUGCUAUGAGGGAAACGGUCACUCUUACCGAGGGAAGGCCAACACCGACCACAAGCGCCGGCCCUGCCUGGCCUGGAACUCUGCCAGUGUCCUUCAGGAAACGUACCAUGCCCGAAGACCUGACGCCCUCCAGCUGGGCCUGGGGAAACACAAUUACUGCAGGAACCCAGACAACCGGGGAAGGCCCUGGUGCUAUGUGGAGGUUGACGGAAGUCAGCGCGUCCAAGAGUGCAUGGUGCGCGACUGCUCUUUUGGAAAAAAUGCUCACUCUCCUGAAAAAGCAGCGUUUCAGUGUGGUCAGAAGGCUCUGAGGCCCCGCUUUAAGAUUGUUGGGGGAAAAGUCACCGACAUUGAGAACCAGCCUUGGUUUGCUGCCAUCUACAGGAGGCACCGUGGAGGUUCUACCACCUACGUGUGUGGUGGCAGCCUCAUCAGUCCUUGCUGGGUGGUCAGUGCCACACACUGUUUCAUUAAUUACCCAAGGAAGGAGAACUACAUUGUCUACCUGGGUCGGUCAAAGCUUAACUCCCAUACCCCGGGGGAGAUGAAGUUUGAGGUGGAAAAUCUCAUCCUGCAUGAGGACUAUAGCGCUGACACGCUUGCUCACCACAAUGAUAUAGCCUUGCUGAAGAUCGUUUCCAGCUCGGGCCAGUGUGCGCAGCCAUCCCGGUCCAUACAAACCAUCUGCUUGCCCCCAAAAUAUGGAGAUGCUAAUUUUGGCGCAAGCUGUGAGGUCACUGGCUUUGGAAAAGAGAGUACCUCCGACUAUCUCUAUCAAGAGGAGCUGAAAAUGACCGCUGUGAGGCUGGUUUCCCACUGGGAGUGUCAGCAGCCCCACUACUAUGGCUCUGAAGUCACCACCAAAAUGCUGUGUGCUGCUGACCCACAGUGGAAAACAGAUGCUUGCCAGGGAGACUCAGGGGGACCCCUGGUCUGUUCCAUUGGAAACCGCGAGACUCUGACUGGGAUCGUGAGCUGGGGCCGUGAAUGUGCCAUGAAGGACAAGCCAGGUGUCUACACGAGGGUCUCACGCUUCCUAUCUUGGAUCCACACUCACACCCGGGAAGACCUAGCCCUCUGAGGGCCCCCCAGGGAGCCAAGGGAGGAGAGGGGCACUACCCACUCCCACACUGACCGUCAUUUUUGCAGUGAGUCCGUCUGCACCAGCUAUAUAUAGGGAAGAGACUGAGGAAGAUAGGCUCCGCAGAGAUGGUUUUGCUUGUGCUGCCCACCAGGGUGUGCAACGAUAGCUUUACUCUCAGAUACAGGCCUGGGUGCUGGCCACCCAGAUCCCCUCUGGCCAGGAUGGAGGGGUGGUCCUGAUCCAGGAUGGUACUGACCAGUAGUUUGUCUUUUUCUGGAUUAAAGCCUUCUGGAGAUAAAAAUGACAUCUAUGCAUGGGAAGGAGAGGUAGCUCCCCCAACAGUGGGCAUUCAUGAGGCCUAUUAUUGGGAAAUGAAUCAUUUCCCAAUUAGGAAGUGUAACAGAACUGAGGUCUCUUGAAGGAGCUUGGCCAAUGUGGGAACAGUAGUUUGGGGACCAGGGACACUAAUAACUUGAAGGUAGGGCUCUGACACUGUAUGAAUAUAUCAGGAAAUAUUGUACAUGCAGGUGUAUGUUUGUACAAUUGUGCCCAGGCUGUGAGUAGUCAGAGUAAGAGCUGGUAUUCCUGUGUCUAACUGUAAGUCUAGAUAUUUCCCUAAACUCUAUGGACUGUGAUGCCACAUAGAAUGGUCUGUCAGGAGAGGUCAUGAGUCACUGUUGGGGCUUUUUGGUCUCCCAUGUAAUGGUGCCUAUGAAUAUAUCAUUCUGGGGCAUAGCUCAUGGCCAGCGUUAAAAUUUGAGUUUCACUUUCACAUAAAUGUCCCUUUCUUGGACAGUUAUCCCUUCUGACCUUCCAGCCAAGUUCAUCCGAUCCUCACUGAGUGGGGCAAGGACCACUCAUGUACACUGAAUAUUUAAUAAUUAUAUUCUGCUAUUUUUAUUUAUGUCUAUUUUUGUAAUUUUGAAUAAAGAUGAUUAAUAAAAUAUGAUUUUUUUCGGAAGACUUUCUUUCUUCCCUGGUGCUUGUAUGGGAGGGAGUUAGGGGGGC